AGCUUUCAGAGGCGCGUUACAACCGUCUCCUCCCAGCAACGGCUGAGCUCCAACGGGCGCCGUAGCAACGCUGCACUCCUUGUGGCCAGGAAGGCGCGCCAGAGAGGCUGGGCGAGCGGCCUGUCCCUCAGCCUGUCGAUGCGACUCCUGCUUUCGUGAGACACCUUGUCGCUUUGCCAGCCGGGAAGCAGGGCAGCGGGGACCCUUACUUCACUUCGUCAUGGAGCGGCUGACGUUACAACCGGGAGCCGCCGCAGCCAUAGACGAAUACCUGGAGUACAGAAGAAUUGUAGGUGAAGAUGAUGGAGGAAAACUCUUCACCCCUGAAGAAUAUGAAGAAUAUAAGAAGAAAGUGUUACCAAUACGGUUGCAAAACAGAUUAUAUGUGAGCUGGAGAUCACCAACGGGGAUGGACUGUAAACUUGUGGGCCCAGAGACUCUGUGUUUUUGUACUCAUAGGUAUAAACAACAUAAGACAGACUUUAAAGUGAUUCCAAAAGAACGUCCUAUUUGUAUACCUUGUAGGGUGAACCAAUGCCCAUGCAGAUCUUAUCACUUUGUCCCUCUUAAUGGUACACAACCUAUUCGUUGUAGAUGUAAGCACUUUGCUGAUCAACAUAGUGCAGUACCUGGCUUUCCAUGUAAUUCAUGUUCCAAAUGUUCAGGUUUUCACAGCUGCUUUACUUGUGGAUGUGGUCAACCAACGUAUACUCAUGAAACAGUGGUGGAAACUAAAGAGGAGCGCUUAGCCCAAGGAAAACCUGUGGGGCAAGAUGUCCCUUUUGCUGCAAUGGGAGGACUAACUGGCUUUAGUUCCCUAGCAGAAGGCUAUAUGAGACUUGAUGACAGUGGGAUAGGGUCACCUUCAGCUCAGUUUCUAGAAUCUCCUGUUACCAGCACAGACCAUCCUUUUUUAAGAGCAUUCCAAGGACCUUCCAUACAAACAAACUUCCAAUUAACAGAUGGAGGUGCUAGUUCAGCAAUGCAAGUUUCCAGUUUAAAAAGGCCUGAAGAAGAUGACAUGGCUUACUUUGAAAGGCAAUAUCAGGAACGGAUGAAAAAAGAGAAGGCUGCAAAGAAGGGGAAAGGAUCAGUACCAUCAAAGAAUUAAUGACAAUAAAUGCAACAAAGGAAUUCAUUAUAUUGUCUUUAUAAGCAUUUUAUGUGUUUUCCUUAAUGAUUACACUAUGUUUGUAUUUCUGUAAUGGAUUCUGCUGUACCCAAAUACAAUUAAAUAAAACUGAUAGUAUCUGUCA